AUGAACGAAUACGGUGCGGUGACGGGUGCAGCCUGCCCGCGCAAUAGUCAUGGCGUAGCUCAUAAAAGAAGUCUGCCACAGUCUAUAGCUCCGAUACCUGAUCUGAGAAGCAACCUCUCCGUAUCCGCGCCAGGCUUCACAGACGAGCAGGGAGCGAAGAAAGUUUCGUAGUCCAUCGUGGCAAAGGUAUCCCUACGUUAAGCUCGGUGGCAGAUGAGAAGUCUGUAACUAGAGCAGACGCCGCUGGUCGGCCGAGCAACUGGGAAGAACAGAGAAGAAGCUCGUACGCUGGCCGACGAUCUAGGCGUAAUAGCGUUUCGGAUGAUUCUCAGCUGACCAUCGAGAACUUUGGUGGAUCUCAGGAUAAUUUACACAACUUCGGCAGAAAUCCAGAUAAAGAAGUUGGAGCACAUAUUGGUAAACGAAGCACCACAGAACCAACGCUACCAGCAAGAUCUAGCGUUCAGGACGUGUAUGGCAGCGGAGUACAACACAUUUUGUCCGAUAACGGAUACGAUAAGGAAGGGCCGCCAAGAUUGAGAAGGCAGGCCUCGAAUUCCAGCUUGGACAAUGUCACGCUCAAGCAAGUUUUACAUUCCAGUGAGAACGUUAAUUCGGAUGGGGAUACAUCCAAGUUAGCUAGCUUUGCGAACCUAAGCAGGCAAAGCUCUGAGAAAGGGAUCAACGUGACCUAUACAGAACAAGAACGUGACGACAGUAAGUCGAAUUUGUCAAAUAAGAAAUUUGGCCAAAGCAACGGGAACAGGAAUGGCGAGAAGAAAACAACGUUUGCUACCUUACCGAAUACAACGACAUGGCAGCAACAGAGCAAUCAGCAGUCUCAACAGGUGGAGCAACAUUCUGUCGACGAAAACGGAGGUAACACAAUUAUGGCUUCCCAGCUGAAUAAUAUUAGAUUAAAGUUGGAGGAGAAACGUCGUCAUAUAGAGAAUGAGAAGAGGAGGAUGGAAGUUGUGAUGUCGAAACAGCGGCAGAAAGUGGGCAAAGCCGCGUUCCUACAAGCUGUCACGAAGGGUAAGGUUAAAUCUCCCUCUUCAUCAACGUCUGGGGGGGACAGUCCGGCUGAAAUCGGUCCCCCCACUCCUGUAACCUCCGGAUCUUCGGGGGAGACCCCGACAAGUGUUUCCGAGACGACCCCUGUAACCCAACAACCCUCUCAAGAAAAACCACAGAGACCCUACUCGCUCAAGGAAAUCAGUGAAGAUGUUCGGGAUGUUGAACACAAGUGGUUGGAGCAUGAUGGUAAUGCACCAUUUAUUGAAACAAGACGCACUCCAGACAUUGAAAAUAUGGAUCUUGAACAAUAUCAUCAGUCUAUAUCACAAAUGAAUAACAGUCUUAGUGAAAUACAAGCUGAUAUACAACGUUUAGCUAAUCAGCAAAAUCAAAUACAGCAGCAGCAUCUAAUGACACAACACCAACAACAAAUGCAACAACAACUUCAGCAGUUACAAAGUCUUAGUCAACAACAUAUGCAAAAUUUUGGAAUGACACCUAUGAAUCCAUUGACAUCAAAAUUACAAGAUACUCAACAAUCACAGUUCUAUUUACAUGAUCAACCCCAACUGCAAAGACGAAUGUGGGGUCAACCACCUCCAACACAAAGCUUAGCGAAUGAAAUGGCUGCUGUGAGCUAUCAACAAUCAAUAGAUCCACGAUAUAGUACUCAAUCAACACCUUAUCAACAAGAUAUGCGUUUAUAUCAAGAUACACGGAAUUGGGGAACACAUCCACCUCAACAGAAAGGAUUUGUUUUACAUGAUACUCCACAGGAACCGAGAUACCUCAAUGGGGGAGAUCAUAGUCUUUGUAAUAAUCAAAUGAGUCAUCCUGGUUCUACAUAUCCAUCAUCUACAUCUAUCUUUAAUCAAACACCACCAUCUUCUGCUAGUCCACAACAUCGUAAUGCUGUUCAUCGAAUAAGUCAGUUAAUGAGUGAAAGUCCCGAACCAAAAAGGCCAACUGUACAUCAUAUACCAAUUAAGUGUGAAAGCCCUACCGAAAAAAGACAAAUUACUGCAUUGCAUGCACCUGUUCCAGCACCACCUGUUGAUGACAUGAAGCCUCAGAAUAUAUCAUUUAUUGGAAAUGAUGAUGAACUUACUCAAGGUAUAAGAGGUUUAAACAUCACGUCCGGCAGCCGUACAUAUAGAAUUCCAUCACCAACUAGACCUUCAAUUUCACGUAAUUCAUUUCAACCUCAUCCAUCAUUAAGAGAAGCCACACCAUCUCCAUCAGGUACACCAGAGGUAACACCUCUAGAUCCAAUGGAUGCUGGUGAAAAAGGAUUCUAUAUUUGUUUUGACAAUGACGCACCAAAAAAACCAAAACCAACUUUAAGAGUGAAAAGAACAUCUCCCAAAAAGGAAAGAAGCACGUCAUCGUAUAUUGAAAAUGAAGAUUUUACGAUGCGUCCUGACUCUCCUGCUACCAUUAUGGAUAGACAAAAACAGCUAGAAAUUCAGCGAGAAUCUGAUCGAGAAAAACAACGUCAAAUAGAUGAGAGAGACUUCCAACGGCAGGAAAUUAGAAAUAAAGAAAUACAGAGAGAAGGAGAAAGAGAAAAACAACGACACGAGAUAAGUGGAGAAGGUCGACAGUCUGGAGUAGGUUUAAUAAUUGGAAAUCAAUUAGCAAAUCCUGAUCCAAAUUCUCUUGAUGAAAUGGAACGAAAGAAAGAACGUAUAAUGCUUUUAUCGCUGCAAAGAAGGCAGCAACAAGAAGAGAUGAAAGAAAGAAAAGAGGCAGAGGCACAAGUUCGUCGAGAACAAGAAAAAUUAAAAGCAGAAGAAAGAGCUCGUAAAAAAGAAGAGGAAAGGCAACGAAGAGCAGCUAUUUUAGAACAACAUAAAGUAAAGAAAGCGAUAGAAGAGGCAGAGAGAGAGGGUAAGGUUAUCGAUAAAGAACUUCUUAAUGCAAUAAAACCAACAAAAUUGCGUAACAAGACUGCAACUCGACCACGGCCCAAAACAAUUCACGUGGAUGCUGGUACGGAGUUGGAUUCUGGAGCUCUUACACCAAGUCGUGGGAAGAAGGGUUCUUCUUCUAAUUUAAGUACAGAAAAUUCGAGCAGAUUGUUUUGCACUAACACACUUACUGUAGCGUCGCUGACUUCCCCGACGAUGAGGCGAGACUACUACCGAGGCUCGCAGGACAGUCUCACUGCUGCUCAUUUCGAUGAACGACGUUCCGGCCCUCUUUAUCGGGGCGGCAGUCUCAGGGAUGUGCAGGAGCCUCAGCAACAGGUUAGAGGCAGGCCUAAAUACCCGAGUUACCAAAACUUUAAGGGGAGAAAGUCUAAUUCCUUGAUGAAUUUGUGUGGUUCGAGUAGUGAUCAAGACGGUAUGAUGUGUCGAUACACAGAUACGGACAGCGGGCUGGGCAGAGCUACACCUCCAAGGAGGGCACCAAGUCCUGGUAUGGGAAGCAUGAGGCAUCUUCCGUCGCCAUCUGGACCUGGUUCUUUACCUCCCGGUUUGAUGACCAAGAGGCGAGUGUUCGAUGAUGGCAGCAGCGAUAUCAGUAGUACACCAAGUUCAAUGAUGGAUUAUAAUGGUCCAAGAUUGUAUAAACAACCAACCACCAAGUCAAAUCGCGGUAUUAUGUUAAAUGCUGUAGAAUAUUGUGUAUUUCCUGGUACAGUAAAUAAAGAAGCGAAGAGAAGAGUUCUGGAUGAAAUUGCAAGAUCUGAAAGCAAACAUUUUCUUAUUUUAUUUCGAGAUGCUGGUUGCCAAUUUAGGGCUCUUUACUCAUACUGCCCAGAUAGAGAAGAAGUUUCGAAGUUAUAUGGUACUGGACCGAAACAAGUUAUUGAUAAAAUGUUCGACAAAUUUUUCAAGUAAGUUUAUCAUCACAGAUUUGUUCUUGUUAUUGAUAUACUUCUGAUGAUUUUGUAUGUAAUAUCAUAUCAUUAAGCAAGAACAUAUGAAAAUGAAUAUAUGAAAAUAUGUAUAACAAGGAAAUUGUCUUUUCCAACGCGUUAUAUUAUUAAUUAUUAAAUAUAAAUUAUUUUAAAUCGUUUCAAUAAACAGUAAAAUAGAGUCUAGAAUUAUAGUUUUUACGACUAUAACGAUUUUAUGACGAUUUAAUAUUAAUUUAUUUUAUGACUUAUAAAUUUGAUAAUUUUUCUAUAUUUGUGUAUUAUAAUUUGAUGUAUAUAACAUAGCUUUAUGUAUGAAUAGUUAAUAAGAUAAGGAAAUAAUUUUAAAUGAUAUAUGGCUGCAAAUAUUGGUAAGGAUUGGUAAGGAUUUGAAAAAGAACAAUACAGUUUAAAACAAUAUAUAUUAAUAAACACACCAAUAAGUCCUUAAUCGAUGAAAUUGUUUUUAUAUUAUUAUGAAUUUAAAAAUUUACAAAAGUUAUACAUACGUUCUAAAUAAAUAUAUAUAUAACAGCAAUCGACAAAUUACAUUUUAGCUGCAAAAAAUAUUAUUCUAUAUUUUUUACUAUGUUUUGACACAAAAUCAUUCUAUUCUCAUUUAUAAUAUACUUGCAUAUAUACUUAUUUUAUACUGAAUAUUUUAGAUUAUAUAAUUUUAAUUUUGUGAGUUGUUAAAAUUAUGUGAUUUUAAUUUUGUGAGAAAUUAAUAUAGAUACACAUAUAAUAUGUUCAUAAUUCUUUGUUUGUAGAUACAAUUCAGGAGCAAAAUGCUUUUCUCAAGUACAUACAAAGCAUCUGACUGUGACCAUAGAUGCCUUUACGAUACACAACAGCCUUUGGCAAGGUAAAAAGGUGAAUUUACCGAACAAGAAAGACAUGCCUCUCGUCAUAUAGUUUUACACAAGUGUCACAUUUUAUGCUACUAUGCCCUCUGUUGUUCAUAGUUACUAUUUUAAUACAGGCCCAUAUUAAAUUAAUGCAAACGUUGCGUUUUUAGUCAAUUUUAUAAGAACAAGUGAUUGAUGCUGACUCAUAGAUACGGAUGUGCAAUCAUUUUCAACGUUUUUUACGAUUGCAUACCACCAUUGAAUGGCGUGAUGUUACCACGUAUGUUUCCUUUUUUUUUUUUGUAAUUUGUUGUAUCUCCUCUUUUUGUAUUUUUCUUCUGUUUUGUUUUCUUUUUAAGAUAAUGUUGGCAUCAAUCACUAUGUUGUAAGUUUAUCAAUAUCUAAUUAAUAGGAAUGGUUUGUUGUCAGUAUCUAA